AUGCCUUCCGUCUUCAUGUGUGGACUGGAAGACCUGCUUUUCAGUGGGAGCCGUUUCGUGUGGAACAUGACAGUGGCCGCGGUGAGAAGGUGGUACGCCGAGAGGCGGAGGACCUGCCAGCAGGUCCUGAGGACGCGCUGUGGGCUGAGAGAAGUUUACCAGAUGACGGAGGGCAGGCAUUGUCAGGUGCACCUCCUUGAUGACAGGACACUGGAACUGUUGGUUCAGCCCAAACUUUUGUCACGGGAAUUGCUGGACUUGGUGGCUUCACAUUUCAACCUUAAAGAAAAGGAUUACUUUGGAAUAACAUUUAUAGAUGAUACGGGUCAGAACAUCUGGCUGCAAUUAGAUCACCGAGUGCUUGACCAUGACUUGCCCAAGAAAACAGGCCCAGCAACGCUGUACUUUGCAGUUAGGUUUUACAUUGAGAGCAUAUCAUUUUUAAAGGACAAGACCACCGUGGAACUGUUUUUUCUUAAUGCGAAAUCAUGCGUACACAAGGGGCAGAUUGAGGUAGAAAGUGAAACGAUUUUUAAAUUAGCGGCACUGAUUUUACAGGAAGCUAAAGGGGACUACACCAGUGAUGACAAUGCCAGGAAGGACCUAAAGACACUACCAGCAUUUCCAACCAAAACUCUUCAGGAACACCCAUCUCUAGCUUAUUGCGAGGGCCGAGUCAUCGAACAUUAUUUGAAAAUCAAAGGUCUGACGCGAGGCCAAGCGAUUGUUCAGUACAUGAAAGUAGUAGAAGCUCUACCUACAUAUGGAGUCCAUUACUACAGAGUAAAGGAUAAACAAGGGAUUCCUUGGUGGCUUGGAAUCAGCUAUAAGGGAAUUGGACAAUACGAUAUACAAGACAAGGUGAAACCUCGGAAAUUAUUUCAGUGGAAACAGCUGGAGAAUUUGUAUUUCCGUGAGAAGAAAUUUGCUGUUGAAGUUCAUGAUCCACGCCGGAUUUCGGUAUCAAGAAGAACCUUUGGGCAAAGUGGACUGGUGGUGCAAACGUGGUAUGCGAACACGUCUCUGAUCAAAUCCAUCUGGGUCAUGGCAAUCAGUCAGCAUCAGUUUUACCUGGACCGAAAACAGAGCAAAGCAAAAAUUCCCUCAGCCAGGAGUCUGGAUGAUAUUGCAAUGGAUCUGACAGAGACGGGAACACCAAAGGUCUCUAAACUGGUAACUUCAGAGGCAAAGAAUCAGUUUAUUAUGGCAAGCAAUGGAAGUUUAAUCUCUUCAGUUUCCCAAGAUUCAGAAAUCAGCGAGGAGCAAAAGAAAGAGAAAAUAGUUGAACUCAAGAAAAAGGAAAAGUUGUUGCAAGAAAAACUUCUAAAAAAAGUGGAGGAGCUCAAGAUGAUUUGUUUGAGAGAGGCGGAGCUUACUGGUAAAAUGCCAAAAGAGUAUCCACUGAAUACAGGAGAAAAACCUCCACAAGUCAGAAGGCGGGUAGGCACUACAUUCAAAUUAGAUGACAACUUGCUUCUAAGUGAAGAGGAUCCUACUUUGCAAGACCUGGAGAGCAAUUUCAUUAUACAGCAAAAAUUGGUAGAGGCUGCAAAGAAACUUGCUAGCGAGCCAGACCUAUGCAAAAAUGUAAAGAAAAAAAGAAAGCAAGAUUACAGUGAUGCAGUGAAAAAGCUCCAAGAAAUUGAGAACACAAUAAAUGAAUACCGAAUAAAAUUUGGCAAGAAACCAACUCAGAAAACAACACUAAUUUUACCAGAAGACAUAAUUCCAUCUGAGAGCAGUUCUUUGUCUGAUACUACUACCUAUGAUGAUGCCUGUGACACACUCAAUCUUCCCGGACAGCGAUCAAAUUCAGUUCCCCAUUCUCCAAGACUUCCUCCUCCCAAAUCCCUUGGUAUUGAGAGACUCCACCUCAGAAAAUCAUCUAUGAAUGAACAGUUCCUGGAAACUAGGCAGUCCAGAGAGAUGUUGUCAGCCCACAGCAGUCCUUAUAAAACUCUGGAGAGGCGACCCCAGGGAGGAAGGAGCAUGCCGACUACACCGGUUCUAACACGCAAUGCCUACAGCAGCAGCCACUUAGAGCCAAAUGCUUCCUCACAACACUCUAGACAGCGUAGCGGAAGCUUGGAGUCACAGACACACCUGCUGUCCGAGAUGACCAAUGACAAGCCAUUAUUCUCCCUUUCAAAAUCCCAAAGAAGUAGCAGCAUUGAAAUCCUAGAUGAUGGAUCAUCCUAUACCAGCCAAUCAAGCACAGAAUAUUAUUGUGCAACUCCCAGUGCAGGUUCAUACUAUACGACACAAACUCUUGACACUCGCACAAGGGGACGAAGAAGGUCUAAAAAACAGAAUGUUUCCACUUCAAAUUCGGGUAGCAUGCCCAACCUAGCACAAAAAGAGGCCAGGAAUGGGGUCUACCAGAAAAGUCAGGAACAACCGUCUUCCAGUUAUUACAUUUCUGGAUAUCCGCCUUACGCUGAAAACAAUCUUUAUUACAACGGAGGAUAUGUUUAUGAAAAUGAUACUGAGGGACAGUACAGUGUGAAUCCUUCCUAUCGUGCCUCAGCACAUUAUGGAUACGACCGUCACAGGGAAUAUAGAUCCUACCAUGAAGACGAGAUGGACCGGGUGCCCCACAACCCAUAUGCAACUCUCCGACUUCCAAGGAAGACAACUACUAAAUCAGAGCACAUAACCAAAAAUAUUCACAAGGCCUUAGUAGCAGAGCACCUCCGUGGUUGGUAUCAACGUGCAUCAGGUCACAAAGAUCAGGGUCAUAGCCUUCAGGCAGGCUUUGAUUCCGACAGAGGAUCACAGCGAAGCCUGGGAUUGGCCAGUCUGCAAGUACCCUGCUCCCCAAGCAGUAGAGCAUCUUCUUAUUCUUCAGUGUCUUCCACAAAUACAUCUGGAAACUGGAGAACCCAGAUUACAAUGGGAUUACCUGAGUAUGAUACUGUCUCCCAUUCUUCCUACACCAGCUGCUACAGAAACGUUUAUAGCACCUUGCCACCUCCAAACAGGCCAUAUGCCGAGGCCAGUCAGCUGGACCAUGCAGAUGGGAACAGGUUGGAAAAUGAGUUGGACACUAAUGAGCAAAGAUUAUUUUGGCAUGAAGACUCCAAGCCUGGAACAUUAGUUUAAACUGCCACCCAAUCUUUUGACCAAACUCUGCCUUCUUACCCAUGUGUGCCUUGCACAGUAAGAUGUUCUUUCAAAGGACAUCUCCCUCUGGAAAUCUGAAAACAUCAAAAGCUGAAGAAGAGUUCAAAUGAACUGUCAGGGGAGCCUGUACAAAAAAAAAAACCAAAACAAACAACCCAAUAGCAUUUCUUUCCAAUUCAAGGCAGCACUAACUGAGCAAGGUCCAACCACAUUUUAACCAUCUCCAAGAUGGAGCUCUUGAUCCAAGAAUUUAUAUUUAGCAA